AAAACAGAAAAAAAAAGUCAGAACUCAGUAACUGAGAAAAAAAGACUAGAAAUUCGAAAAGCGGAAUCGGCAUGGCGACGAGAGGUUGGUACCCAACGGAUUCCGACGUUGAAGAAGAAGACGAAGACGAAACGUCGUCGCCAUCGCCGUCGGCUUUACCAUCACCGUCAUCGCCGCUGCCGUACUUCGACAGAGAUCGACACGUGGCGUUCUUGGAGAUGAUGUACAAUUUGAUACCUCACUACUACCAGUCGCAGGAGAUCAAUCGCCUCACUCUCGCAUUUUUCACCAUCUCUGGCCUUCACCUCCUCCAAGCCUUAGAUCGCGUCGACAAGGACAGAGUUGCCAAUUGGGUUUUAUCAUUUCAAGCUCACCCGCAAAGUAAAGCUGAACUGAAAAAUGGUCAAUUUUACGGGUUUCAUGGUUCUAGGACUUCACAAUUCCCUCCUGAUGAAAAUGGGCUUUCACCAUAUAAUGCCGGUCACUUGGCAAGCACAUAUUGUGCCCUAGCCAUACUAAAGACUGUUGGAUAUAAUCUCUUGACUAUAGACAAAGAAUCAAUAUUGAUUUCAAUGAGAAACCUUCAGCAGCCUGAUGGAAGUUUUAUGCCCUUGCAUGUUGGGGCAGAGACAGAUCUUCGAUUUGUAUAUUGUGCUGCUGCUGUCUGUUUUAUGUUGGAGGAUUGGAGUGGCAUGGAUCGAGAGAAAGCCAAGGAGUACAUCUUAAAUUGCCAGUCUUAUGACGGUGGCUUUGGCUUAUCGCCUGGUUCAGAAUCACAUGGGGGUGGCACGUAUUGUGCUGUGGCAUCUCUUCGGUUAAUGGGAUACAUUGAAGAUGAUCUUCUCUCAAAAAAUGCAUCAUCUUCCAUCAUAAAUGUGCCGUUAUUGCUGGAUUGGAGUAUGCAGAGGCAGGCAACUGAUGGUGGAUUUCAAGGCAGAGCCAAUAAAGCUAGUGAUACAUGCUAUGCAUUUUGGAUUGGGGCAGUUUUAAGGAUCCUAGGGGGAUACAAAUUCAUUGACAAGAUUGCUUUGCGCAGUUUUUUGCUGACUUGUCAGUCUGAGUUUGGAGGUUUCAGUAAGUAUCCCGAGAUGCAACCAGAUAUAUAUCAUUCCUACUACGGAUGUACUGCCUUCAGCCUUUUGGAAGAACCUGGCUUGAACCCACUCUGUGCUGAACUUGGAAUGACGGAUCUCGCUGCCUUGGGAAUCAUUUGACACCAUUUCUACUCUUCACCUCAUUGGGUUGGUAAUUUAUUCAUCUUUGAAUUCCAUUGCACUCCCAUCCUUAUUGGACCACAAUGUUUACAUAUCCGACUUGUAGUUGUACUCAUCUUUUCUCAUUUUUCGUUUCUAAACCCACUGAUUUCCAUCCCCUGGUGUGAAGAUGCAUGUAUUUAAAAAGUUCAGCCUGUAUUUUAUUAACAAGUUUCAAUGUAUAAUCUCAGAGGAGGAUGACAGGAUCGAUGUCAUAAUAUUGUUAACUUUGUAAGACAGGAUAUCCCUAUUUUAGUUGAUUAAUCACAUUGCUCCUCUUUGUCGUUUUCCCUUA